ACUCUGGAGCGAUCAUGGACCCACGGUCUGAGGGAUCCGACCCCCGGGCCGAGGGAACUGACUACGUUCCCAACAGUAUUCCCUAUGUUCCGGAGCAAAGGUCUGAGCUGUGUGUGUCGGAGGCUCACAGCCAGCAGCUACUGGGCAUGCUCAGAUCGUUCAGAGAGAGAGGCCUGCUUUUUGACUUCACUAUAACAGUCCAGGACCAGACCUUCCCCUGUCACCGCUGUGUCCUGGCGGCCUGCAGUGACUUCUUCAGGUUGGUGUGUGUGUGUAUUUGUGUGUGUGUGCAUGCGUGCGUGUGUGUGUGCUCUAACGGUUCUCUGUCUGCAGGGCCAUGUUUGAGUUGGACAUGCGUGAGUGUGGUGAUGGGAUGGUAACCCUGGGUAACCAGUCUCCGGAAGCCGUGCGCUGCUUCCUGGACUUCUGUUACUCUGGAGAGAUGGUCGUCACCCAUGAAAACGUAGACAUGCUGUUCCAGCUCGCCUCUUUCCUACAGGUACACUACAUCAGGGGUAGCCCUUACCCUAAAGCAAAUGACACCCUACCCCUAUGCCCUACAUAGUGCACUACUUUUGACCAAAGCCCUAUGGACCAUGGUCAAAAGUAUUGCACUAUAAAGGGAAUAGGGUGCAAUUUGGAAAAAACACUAGAUCUGGGUCAGAUACAUAAACUUGAGAGGUGAUGUUGAUAUAUUGACCGGUGUUCCGUUUCCCAGGUGUCUGUACUCUUCAGAGCAUGCAGUGACUUCCUGAUCGGAACCCUGGAGCUCUCCAACUGCCUGAUGCUAUUGGCCCUCGCCGAGGGAUACGGCUCCGCCUCCCUCCUCCAGCAGGCCAAUGAGUUUGUAGUUCAGAACUUCCACGACCUCUCAAUGACUCCAGACUUCCUGGAUAUGCCGGUGAGGAGCCACUCUGAUAGGUUCCCAUUGUCAUUUAUUGAGACUCACAAAAAUAUAUUUGUGCAUUGAAAUAAAAGGGCCCUAGCACUAGCACACCUGAUUCAACAUAUCAACUCAUCAUCAAGUUGAAUCAGGUGUGUUGGUGCUAGAGCAAAUACACCCCUCUGGGUCCCCCGGAUCAGGAUUGGGAAACACUGAAGUAGAUAGUUACUCCUUUUAGCUUUGAGAAAGUCACUAUGUGAGCCAUGUAAAAGUGUGCAUGGGUCCACUCCCCCUGAAGGAUUUAAAAGGAUUUAAAAGCAUUGGAUUGCUUUUAAAUACUAACAUUGGGAAACACUGAUCUACUUCCUGUCCUCCCAGUUGGGCGUGCUUGAGUUAUGUCUGGGGUCGGACAGUCUGAGCGUGCCCAGUGAGGAGGUGGCGGUGAGGUCAUCGCUGAGGUGGACAAGUCACGACCUCCAGACCAGACAGAGGCUGUUGCCACGGCUACUCGCACUGCUACGGCUUUACCACGUACCCACACACACCCUGCAGGUACACACACACGCACACCCACCCACACACACGUAUGCAUGGGUCUUUUUACCAGUCAAAAUGUAUUGUGUAUGUGUGUGUUCAGGCGCUGGCCCGGACUGAGAAUCUCCUCUCAGAGGACCAACUCUGUGUUAGUCUGGUCAGUGAUGCAGUGAGUAGACAGACACAGCUCAGUGGUCUACUGCCAGAUGCCAGACCAGCCACCACACAGUCUUACAUCUACAUCCACAAGACAGAGGAGAACGGAGAGAUACACCACAGCUUCUGUUACUGCCUGGACACAGACCAAUGGAGAGAGCUGCCUCAGGGCCAGGGGGCGGGUUUUAGUAUGACCCCUGACCCCCCAGGCUCCUCCCUCACCAGCUACGCCGAGAAGGUAUACAAACAAACACACACACACAUACACACACACACCCAGGCAGUAGCGCACAAUUGAAUUUACGCUUUGAUCAACUAUCAUCAUUUUUUAUCUCCUCUCUAAGUUGUUUGUGACAGGUGGUUGUCGGGGCAACUGUUGCCGCACGGUGCGUCUUCACGUGGCAGAGCCAUUCCAUGAUGCGACAGCGGAGGUUUGGUGCUACUGCCCCAUCACACACACCUGCACCCCUGCCCCGGACAUGGGGAAACCCCGUACCAUGCACACAGCUGUCACCACCCUGGGCAGACUGUAUGUGCUAGGAGGGAGGACCGGAGGAGAGAGGGAUGGGGCUCCUAGCCUAAUGGAGGUGAGGAUGAGGAUGAUGAUAAUUAUGAUGAUGAUAGUUGUAAUGAUGAUGAUGAUGAUGAUGAUGAUGAUGAUCAUCUGUAGGUGGAGUACUAUGACCCCCUGGCCAAAACCUGGACAUCCGUCAGCUCUCUGCCCACGGCUAUCUACUACCCAGGUAAGGAACACACACACACACAGAGAAACAUACAUGCACAAAUGCACACAGACACACACAGAAAUACAGAAACCCCCACACACAUACACACACAUACCUCUAACCCUCCCCGUGGCCUCGUAUUACCACCCAGAAGCUAGUGCGUGCGGCAGCAUCAUCUACACAUUGGGGUCGUCAGUGGAGAUAUCGGACUCCUUCAACCCUUCGCUGGACUGUUUCCUGCGCUACGAUGCCGUUUCUGACCAGUGGAGCCACCUGGUGGCAGAGUUUGGUCAGUUUUUCCAUGCCACCCUGGUCAAGGCUGUGUCUGUCAACAACACUCUACACCUCUGUGACUUGUCUACAUAUAAGGUGACUGACUUGUUGAUUGACUGGUUGAUUGAUUGAUUGACUGAUUAUUUGAUUGAUUGAUGUCUCCAUCUAUAAGUUUGAACUCACUGCUUGUACUGCAAGGAGCAUACGCACAGCUCUUUUUUUUUGUAGUCCCGUGUAGCUCAGUUGGUAGAGCAUGGCGUUUGCAAUGUCAGGGUUGUGGGUUCAAUUCCCACGCGGGGCCAGUAUGAAAAUGUAUGCACUCACUAACUGUAAGUCGCUCUGGAUAAGAGCGUCUGCUAAAUUACUAAAAUGUAAAUAAGUCUAUUUGUAUUUCUUUAUCCUUCAUUUAAUCAGGCAGGUCCUAUUGACAUAGAAACAGUACAUAGAUAGGGACUUUGUCAUUAAAACAAACUUGACAACUAUUUUACGAAACACCAACUCACCACACCUGACCAGUCUGAAUCCUGUGUUUUGUGUUCUGUGUUCUGUGUUCUGUGUUCUGUCCAGGUAUACAGUUUCUGUCCGGAGACGUGUGUGUGGCAAGGGGAGGGGUCGUUCGAGUGUGCCGGGUUCAACGCAGGCGCCGUGGGUGUGGCCAACCGAAUCUACAUCCUGGGAGGAGACUACUCACCUGAUGAGAUCACUGACGAAGUCCAGGUGUACCACAGUGGGCGGGGCCAGUGGGAGGAAGUGACGCCAAUGCCACGCCCCCUGACAGAGUUUCACUGUCAGGUCAUCAGCUUCAACAGAUACAGAGACCCCUGGGGAGGGAGGGACACA